GAAUGGGAACAAAAGUGCAGUCUAAAAGCUAUCUUCCAGGAUAUUACUCAAUGAGAGAUCUAAAUGAGGGUUCUAACGGUUGUAGCUGGCCACUUUAUUACGGGGAUAAUACCUUGACAAAUGGUCAGUAUUACAAUGGUUUUUUCCUGAGGGCCAUUGCAGAUGCAUAUCCUGGGUAUGAUAAGAAUGCUUUGAAACAAAAGAUGAUUGAGCACGAGGCAAUCUUCAGGGCUCAGGUGUCUGAGCUUCAUCGGUUGUACAGGAUACAAAAGUACUUGAUGGAUGAAAUAAAAAAGAAACAAUUACCAAAAAAUCUGGUUCGUAUUGGGACAUCAUUUUCAUCAAGCCUUUUAGCUUCACAAGUUACAACCGAAGAUGCUCAUAAAUGGCAUAUACCCAGCUUCCCUGUGGCAAACUUCAAUUGUGUUAGACCGUCGAUAUCUGGUGUUGAGCACAGUCAUUCUCCCCUGAGUUUCAUUAAGGGAAGCAGCAUCCAAUCUAGUUCCUUUCUGUCCCAAAAUGGAGAUAAUUCAAAUGAUGUCGAGUUACUAGAGUGCAGACCCACAAAAAUGAGAAGAAAAAUGUUCAAUCUUGAACUUCCUGCGGAUGAGUACAUUGAUACUGAAGAAACAGCACAAUUCGAGGAUGACACAGCAUCUUGCAUGUCAAGAUAUCUUCCAAGAGGAAAUGGGAAAAUGAGGCCCAAGAGCGGUGAGAUGCUACUUCAUGGUGAUGGGGGGAAGACUGGUUGCUUAGGUGAUACUUCAAGAACUGAUACAUGUUUGAGGGGCAAAAAUAGUUUGGCCGACUUGAAUGAGCCUAUUCAGAUUGAAGAAACCAAUUGUUCUGCAUGCUCUGACUGCCAUGAUCCUUAUCAUGGAGGCUGUGAACCAUCUGCAAAACCGAAGCAAAAGUUUCUUGGUCUGUCGAAAGAAAUUUCUGUCAAUUCUCAUCGCCAAAUUGAUAAUUGGUCCAUAAAUAAUGUACAUGUUGAAAGCAAAGGAAAUGCUAGAGGGUUCUUUUCCGAUGUGCUUGAAGCAGGGCAUUGUAAAGCCAACUUAAUAUCUACUUCUCAAGGUUUUCAGUCCAACAAGUUGUCUGUAUCAUCUCAUCAGGUACAAGUUCUUUUUGACAAAGAUCAUGAUCCUACGGCUUUUCCUCCAACUGAUCAAAGCAAGGCAGAGCUCACCCGAGAGAGAAUGUUUCAUGGUUUUGAAGUUUCUACAAGAAAUUGUGAAAUCUCCAUUAACGGCCAUCCAGAUUCAAUCAUGACUUCCUAUGUACCUAGUUUGAAUCCGUUUGCUUCUUCCGAUGUUGUAAAGCAAUGGUCUCAUUCAGUUUCUUCGUGGGAAAAGCCUUCCAGUAACUUAAGCCCGAAGUCAAUGUCAGUUCAGACUCGCCCGUUUUUUAAUUCAUCUGGUUCUUUUAGUAAGAGUUCCUUGAUGGCACCUCAAAGCAAUGAGAUUUUUGGGGAGAAGUGGCAGGUAAGUUGCAAUUCUAAACUCAACUCAGGUUUUGGAGGUGAAUUGCCCAAUCGAAAUGGAUUUUAUCAUGGAUCAUCAUCAGGGUCCAAGCCUGCAAUUUGCUUCCCUUCCAUCAGUUAUGAUCACCCGAAGAGUAGUAAUGAUCAAAAGGGGGUCUUUGAGCACUUCACCACUCAAGAUUCAACUAUUCUCUGCUCAAAUAGUGUUGAUAUGAAGUCCAGAAAUGAUGCAAACUUGAGUGUGAUGCUUUCAAACAGUUCUUCCACUGAACUGGUUUUGCAACAAGGUCACCAAAUAAAUGGAGGAAGAAAGCAUGAGGACCAUUUUCCAGGCCUGCCAUGGUUACGAGCCAAGCCUACUUGUAAGAAUGAGGCCACUAGUGAAGGAAGGGAUUUGAAUGUUGGAGAGUUGAGCUUUUCUCAAUCUUCUCCGAAGCAGUCAACCCUUAAAAAUGAGACUGGAAAUGGUUUCAAUCAAAUUUUGACACCAAAUGCGAAGUCAAUUCCGUUCUCCAAUAACGCCAAUGCCAGCAGGAGUGAAAUAAGUGAAUGCCUGUACAGUAAAAAGAUUCUGGGGACUACUAUUUUUGAAAAAUGUUAUGUUUCUAAGAAUGAGUUUUCUUUUACCUCCCCAUUUGUAUCUGUUCCUCGGCCAUCUGAAGGUGAAGCAGAAAAUAAGGGGAGAAAUAGGUUACUUGAUAUUAACUUACCUUGUGAUGUGACAAUCUUUAACGUUAGCCAAAACACUGCGGCAGAGAAUUCAGCCAUACAGGAGGCAGAUAGAAAAUUAUCAAGUUUCAGACCUGAAAUUGACUUAAACUCCCGUGUUGAUGAGAAUGAAGCUUCUUUUACACCCUCUGUUCCGAGCACCGGCAUGAAGAUGAUUGGGCUGAUAGAUUUGGAAGCUCCAGCUACCGAGCCUGAGGAUAUUAUUCAUGAAGAAGAAUUAUCAGAAAAGGCAUGUGUGUUACCUUUGCGAUCAGUACCAAGCAAAGAUGACUACUUACAGGAUGAACUUAUUAAAAGUGCAGCUGAGGCAAUAGUUGUCAUCUCAUCAUCUGGCCUGUGCAGCCAUUUGGAUGAUGUCAAUCGCAAUCCAUCUGAAACUUCCCAGAUAGAUCCCCUUAAUUGGUUCGCUGAGACAAUUUUCUUUUUCGGCGAGGAUCUUGAGGGCAAGUUUGAGGCUCUUUCAAGAGUUAAAGAUGGGGAUCAAGAUGAAUCUUCCUUGGAAGAGAUUGAUUACUUUGAAUCUAUGGUUUUGGAACUAGCAGAAACCAAGGAAGAGGAUUUUAUGCCCAAGCCUCUCGUCCCUGAAAACAUUAAAGCGGAAGAAACUGGAAUUACCUCUUUAUUAACAACCGGAACGCAGAAGGGCCAGGGAAGACGAGGAAGGCAGCGGAGGGACUUCCGAAGGGACAUCCUUCCGGGCCUUGCUUCCCUAUCAAGGCACGAGGUAACAGAAGAUCUUCAGACAUUUGGAUGGCUUAUGAGAGCAACAGGACAUUCAUGGCAAUCCGGAUUGACAAGAAGAAAUGGAACCAGAAGUGGCAGGCGGAGGCGAGCGUCAGUAACUAACUCCUCUCCUGCUCCUGCUUCGGUAGCUGCCACAACGUGCACGGCAUUGGUGCAGCAGCUUAAUAACAUCGAGGUGGGGUUGGAGGAUAAAAGGCUUAUCAGAUGGGGAAAAACAACUAGACGGCCUCGCAGACAGAGAUGCCCUGCUGCAGGUAAUCCUCCACUUCUUGCAUUAACCUAGUUAUGAGAACAAUCUUUUAUUAAGGUAUUAAUUGAGAAUACUAUGGGGGGAACUAGUUCAUUGUUGCU